AUGUUUGAAGUAAAGGCAACUCUGCCAAGAGAUAAAGACUUAAUCGUAAGAGUCAGAGACUACGAUUUAAUUGGAUCUGAUGAUACGAUCGGAGAGACGAUAGUCGACCUCGAGAAUAGGUUCCUAACGAAGUGCAGGGCAACUGUCGGCUUGCCUCAGUCAUACUGCACAACCGGCAUCUGCAAGUGGCGAGACAGCAAGCUGCCCUCAGAGAUCCUCGAAGAUUUCUGCAGCAAUCGCAUGAAGGGUGUGGCCCCGGUGUACGCCAACGACGAACGGCUGGCCCUCCACGUCCUCAACACCCUGCCCUCUGAAUACUGCGGCUACCCCUUAGUCGUUGAACACGUCGAAACAAGGCCCUUGUUCAACACCCUGCAACCUGGAAUAGAGCAGGGGAAGAUUCAGAUGUGGGUGGAUAUCUUCCCCAUUCUGUUGGGCCCUCCAGGACCGCCCGUUGAUAUAUCCGCCAGGAAACCCAAGAAUUACGAACUUCGCAUCGUCAUCUGGAACACGAAGGACGUCAUCCUAGAGGAGACAUCCAUCACGGGCGAAAAAAUGAGCGACAUCUACGUGAAGGGAUGGAUUGGCAAUCCGGAAGAGAAACAGGAAACGGAUGUGCAUUAUAGGUCUUUAGACGGUGAAGGAAAUUUCAACUGGCGUUUCGUCUUCCCAUUCCAGUACAUCCCGGCCGAGCAGUGCCUGGUCAUUCACGAAAAGGAACACUUCUGGAGUCUGGACAAGACGGAACACAGACUGCCUCCGAUGCUGACCAUCCAGAUCUGGGAUAACGACAAAUUCUCUAAAGACGACUUCUUAGGUUCUCUCGAGCUGAACCUCAACUCCAUGCCUAACCCGACGAAAUCUUCUAGCAAGUGCACGCUGGAGCAGCUACCACAGUUUCACAAAUCAGGCAAUCCCGUCAAGCUGAUCUCGCUGUUUGAGAACAAGAGGGUGAAAGGGUUCUGGCCGUGCUUCAGCGAUGAGUCCGGCCAGGCUGACCUGACGGGUAAAGUAGAGAUGGAGUUGGAGCUAGUAUGUGGAGGAGACAUCGAACAGAAACCAGUUGGAAAAGCCAGAGAAGAUCCCAAUCAGUUCCCAUUCCUUGAUCCACCAAAACGUCCAGAGACAUCAUUUUUCUGGUUUACAUCGCCCUGGAAGGCAUUCAAAUUCAUCAUCUGGAAGAAAUUCAAGUGGUACUUCAUCACCAUUCUCGUCGUUUUCUUCAUCGGUCUCUUCCUCUUCCUCUUCUUUUACGCACUUCCGGGAGCAGCUGCUAGAAGAAUCGUUGGCGGGUGA